GAUAAUUAGCAGGCAGCGUGCCUUGAUUUAAGGGCAGCGCUGGUAACUCUCCUGUUGCGUAACAAUCACAUUUUGGAGCAGUGAGAGCAUUCUGACAUCACAAGCAUGAAGAAACUCACGCAGGGGCGACGGUUAGAGAUAUUUGGAACUCACGGGUGAAAAGCCCCGGCCACAUGUCCCCCCCAGCUCGGGUGACUUCAUGUGUUCGGAAUGUGACAAGGUGUUCCCCCUGCAGUGCAUGUUGACGCGCCACCUCAAGUGCCACAGCAUGGUGAAGAGAUACCCCUGCCACUGCUGUGGCAAGGGCUUCCACGACACCUUCGACCUAAAGAGGCACAUGCGCACUCACACAGGUAUCCGUCCGUACCGCUGUGAGCUGUGUGACAAGGCCUUCACCCAGCGCUGCUCCCUCGAAUCCCACCUGAGGAAGAUCCAUGGCAUUUUCCAGCAGUAUGCCUACCGCCAGCGUCGCUCCAAGAUCUUCGUGUGCGAGGACUGCGGCUACACAUCCAACCGGCCCGACGAGUACUUCCUCCACAUGUGCCAGUGCCACCCGGGCAGCCAAGCCCUGCGCCGCUACUACCGCCACCAGGCACAUGAGGGCGCCAACAACAUGCUCUCUCAACACAAACCCAGCCCCUUUUUUAUUUAUACUACGGCUGGGUAUAAUAUGGGUUGAUUAAUACUCCGGAGUGAAGUUUCACCUAGGUACAGAUAUAGGAUCAGCUUCCCAUUCCCAAACCUUAACUAUUAGUAGGGAAGAUGCAACAUUUAGAUGAGCGUCUACAGGCAACUUUACUUGUUUCUGCCUUAGCCAAUUCCUUUGUUGUUACCUUGUCACAAAGUAGAUAAAGUCUAGCACCAAGGCUAAAUGCGUCACAAACAUUUCGCUACACCCGCAAUGACAUCCACUACACCCGCAAUAUCAUCUGCUAAAUAUGUAUAUGUGGGUCUCCCGGAUUUCGCAGUGGUCUAGGGCACUGGUAGCUGUGCUACCAGAGACUCUGGGUUCGCGCCCAGGCUCUGUCGCAGCUGGCCGCGACCGGGAGGUCCGUGGGGAGACGCACAAUUGGCCUAGCAUCGUCCGGGUUAGGGAGGGUUUGGCCGCAUAGGGAUAUCCUCGUCUCAUCACGCACCAGCGACUCCUGUGGCGGGCAGGGCGCAGUGCGUGCCAACCAGGUCGCCAGGUGCACGGUGUUUCCUCCGACACAUUGGUGCGGCUGGCUUCCGGGUUGGAUGCGCACUGUGUUAAGAAGCAGUGUGGCUUGGUUGGGUUGUGUUUCGGAGGACGUAUGGCUUUCGACCUUCGUCUCUCCCGAGUUGUCUCUCCCGAGAUUUGUUUAUCACUUUUUUGGUUACUACAUGAUUCCUUCCAUGUGUUAUUUCAUAGUUUUAAUGAAUUAAGCGGUCUUCAUGAGAGCCAGUUUCAUUAUAGUGCCCGAAUGUUUUUGCGACUGCACUUAAAGAAACUUUCAAAGUUCUUGACAUUUUCCCUAUUGACUGACCUUCAUGUCUUAAAGUAAUGAUGGACUGUCAUUUCUCUUUGCUUAUUUGAGCUGUUCUUGCCAUAAUAUGGACUUGGUCUUUUACCAAAUGGUCUAAAUAUACCAACCCUACCUUGUCACAACACAACUGAUUGGAUCAAACACAGGAAUGGAAAGAAAUUCCACAAAUGUACCUUUAACAAGGCACACCUGUUAAUUGAAAGGUGACUACCACAUGAAGCUGGUUGAGAGAAUGCCCUUUGAAAAAUCUAAAAUACAUUUUGGGGAUUUGUUUUAACACUUUUUUUGGUUACUACAUGAUUCCAUAUGUGUUAUUUCAUAGUUUGAUGUCUUCACUAUUAUUCUAGUAAAAAUAAAGAAAAACCCUUGAAUGAG